AUGCACGAUCUCCUCCUACAUUCAACCCUGCUUACAGUCUUAUUCAUCUUAACACACCCUAUCCUCACAACCAUAAACCCUAUUCCUCUAAUAAUAGGAUGAGGCAUACUUUACGCAAAAACUGCUGUACAACUAGCAUUUAAAGUUAGCCUUAUCCCCCUAGCUAUUUUUAUAAACUAUGGCAUAGAAGCCUCCACAACUAACUUUGCAUGAACCAACAUUGCCAACAUAGAUAUUAAUAUUAACCUUGUCUUAGACAUAUACUCCCUAACAUUUAUUCCAAUUAGUCUCUUCGUCACAUGAUCUAUCCUUGAAUUCGCCAACUGAUACAUAUCACAGGACCCACAUAUAACUCGAUUUUUUAAAUACCUCCUAGUAUUUUUACUAGCUAUAUUAACACUCGUUACAGCCAAUAAUAUAUUCCAACUAUUCGUUGGCUGAGAAAGCGUAGGAAUUAUAUCCUUCAUAUUAAUCGGCUGAUGGUUCGCCCGCCCAGACGCUAACACCGCAGCCCUCCAAGCCAUUAUUUUUAACCGCGUAGGAGACAUCGGACUAAUAUUAGCCCUUGCCUGACUCGCAAUACAUUUAGCAACCUGAAACAUUCAAGAAAUAACAAUCGAAACUAAAAACCCCCCACUCCUCCCUCUCUUUGGCCUUAUUCUUGCCUCCGCAGGUAAAUCCGCACAAUUCGGACUACACCCAUGACUUCCAGCUGCCAUAGAAGGUCCAACACCUGUUUCAGCCCUACUACACUCUAGCACAAUAGUCGUAGCUGGCAUUUUCCUCCUAAUCCGACUGCACCCAAUUUUACAAAAUAAUAAAACAGCUCUAACUGUCUGCCUUUGCCUUGGAGCACUCACCACACUAUUUACAGCUCUCUGCGCCCUAACACAAAAUGAUAUUAAAAAAAUUAUUGCCUUCUCAACCUCUAGCCAACUAGGUCUUAUAAUAGUAACUAUUGGACUAAACCAACCACAACUUGCCUUUAUUCACAUCUCAACACAUGCCUUUUUUAAAGCUAUAUUAUUUUUAUGCUCUGGCGCAAUUAUUCAUAAUCUUAACAACGAACAAGAUAUUCGAAAAAUAGGAGGCAUACAAAAAAUACUACCUACCACAGCCACAUGUUUAACAAUUGGUAAUCUUGCCUUAACAGGAACCCCUUUCUUAUCAGGCUUCUAUUCAAAAGAUACAAUUAUUGAAACCAUAAACAACUCUCACCUAAACGCCUGAGCCCUUAUAAUUACACUCUUUGCAACAAUAUUAACCGCCACUUAUACCAUACGAAUAACCUUCUAUGUUCAAAUAAAUACACCACGAACAAUAACAUCAACAACAAAUGAUACACCUCCAACCCUUUCUAAUCCACUUAUCCGUCUUGCCAUUGGAAGCCUUGUAGCAGGUUUAAUCCUCAUAGCCACCCUCCUACCAACGAAGCCCACCCCAACUACAAUACCAACCUCCAUAAAAUUAACCGCUAUUAUUAUUGCCACUCUUGGAGCACUUUUCGCCCUCCAAAUUGCAAAAAAGACAACCUGACUCACAAUCACAAAACGAUCAAAACACCAUGAAUUCUCUAACCAACUGGGCUUCUUCAACUCAACCCUCCACCGCACUAUCCCACUAACCUCUUUAUUUAUAGGACAAAACAUAGCCCUUCACAUUAAUGAUCUCCUUUGAUUAGAAAAAUCAGGACCUAAAGGACUAGUCUCUUUAAAUCUUCCUAAUAUUAAAGCCAACACACUAGCACAAAAAGGCCUAAUAAAAUUUUAUUUAUCCAUUUUUAUUAUUACCUCAGCAUGCUUUAUUACAAUUAUGUGAACCUAA